AUGGCAUGGUGGGAUGUGACUUGUCCAAGCAGCCUCACCAAACUGUUUCUCAUUGCCAGUUGCGUGCUGCUGGCAUCGGUAACCGCAGAGCCGAAUGUCGUCUCAUUGCCCCUUCACAGAAGCCAGCGUCGCUCGAUCGUUAAGCGCAGUCAUGCAACCGCCUCCUUGGAGAACGACUACAUCGACGGAUUAUUCUGGGUAAAUGCGACCGUUGGAACGCCAGGCCAACUAGUGCAGCUUCAAAUAGACACUGGAAGCAGUGAUAUCUGGGUGUUUGGUGCACGCUCGUGCACCGAGUCUGAAUCGGGGUGCCUUGGUGGCUUUUAUGACGGCUCUCAAUCGAAGACCGGUCGGGUGAUUGAUCGUGGUGGAUUCAGCAUUUCCUAUGUCGACAACUCAGGAGUCAUUGGAGACUAUGUCGCGGAUAACUUUGCGAUCGGCGAUAUCACUGUCAAGGGUAUGACUCUCGCGGUUGCUACAGAGGUACAAGACGCUACUACUGGUGUUAUGGGCAUUGGCUUUGAUUCAGGCGAGUCGAUAGUCGGCAGCGGUGGCAAACCAUACAAGAAUCUCGUCGGUAUGAUGGUCGAACAAGGCCUUAUCAACUCUCGUACAUACAGUCUGUGGCUCAAUGACGUUGGUGCCGAAACCGGAAACAUCUUAUUUGGUGGUUAUGACAAGGGUAAAUUCAAGGGCGAUUUGAUCGCGAUGCCAAUCCAACCAGACGCGCAGUCCGGCCAGAUCACAUCAAUGACUGUCGCUUGGACAUCUCUAUCAAUCACAGAUCCCACCCAGGGCACACAAACCCUCACCUCCAGCAGCUUUGCGCUACCAGCCGUGCUCGAUUCAGGAACUACACUUACCUACAUCCCUCCAGACCUGUACAACGAACUCGCCUCGUUUGCCAACGUGAUGUCUUUCGAGGGAAUGGACACGGGACUUGUCGAGUGCGAGGCCAUGCAGCAAUACAAGGGCACUCUAGACUUUGGCUUUGUUGGCUCCGGAGGACCAGUCAUCUCGGUACCCUUCUCAGAGCUAUCCUACCCGUAUACAGAUGAGACUGGUAACCCUUUAUCAUUUGAUAACGGCAACACCGCAUGCUAUUUUGGACUUGCUCCGACUCAGGAUGAUACCCUGAUUCUAUUUGGAGACACUUUCCUUCGCUCAGCAUACGUGGUGUAUGACCUUGACCGUGAGGAGAUUGCCAUUGCCCCAACAGUCUUCAACAGUGAUGUCACAAACAUCGUGGAAAUCGGUGGCCCUGGGUCAUCAGCUACCCCAACCUGGCACGUUGCCAGCUCGGUCAGUGUUGUGCAGACGGCGACCGGUCGGCCGGAAGAACCAGGUCUAUUCGCCUCUGUGACAUUCACUGGGCAUCUUUCUUACACGCACACUGCUACUGGCUUCCAUAUACCAACUCCAUCUCAAUCAGGCGGUAGUGGCCAGUCACCGAAAUCAUCAAAGGGUGCUGCAACCUUUGCCAGCAGCUCUGGUAUCCUACCCAAUAUGCUCGUCUGCGCUGCCUCUGCAUUGAUAGGUGCAACGUUAGUUUUUGCCCAAUGA